AUGACUUCUCCUACAAAAGAAGGAAAUGAACCAGCUGACAGUGCUCUCAAAAAUUCUGAAAAAGAGGCUCUAAAUGACUGUAGUACAGGCAUAGAGCCUCCAUUUGCUGAUCCCAAUAUGAUCCCUCAGGUAGAAACUGACACAAUAAAAAGGGAGUCAGAAUCACCAAUCCAAGAGGAUCAUGUGCCUCAAGAAGCAAAAAACAAUAAUCUUGAAGGAGAGAAGACCCAAAAAGAUCUGCAAAAAGAAGAUUCAGAAGAAAAAGAGUCCCUUCUAAUUAGUAUCCCCAUUCCUAUAAAAUAGAUAUUUUUUAUGCCAGGGUUAGGAAGAAUUAUCUAUGUGAGUAUUCCAGUAGGAGAAAUUGAUAGUAACAGUCCCUUAAUUGAUAGAUCAAGAUUCUAUUUAGGGAAAAUGGAGAUUAAAACUAGUGAUUUCUGUCAUACUACCAUAAAUCCCAAAUUUUCUCUCCAAGUGUCAGUUUCAUGGAGGAUCCUAUUCGUUAACAAUCAUGAGAUAAGAAGAAUGAUUCUCUAUCUACUGUGUGGAAGAUAUUUCUCUCAGGCUGUAGGUCACCAAAAUUCCAUAUGGGUGAAAAAAAAAUAUAUGGCAUUUCUUCCUCACCCAAAUGUCCUCACCUAUGGUGAGAGAGCCAUAAUAUUUGGAAGGCCUUUGAGAGUGUACUACUACCAUCCCCUUGUUGAGAGAAUGAUAUCAGGGAAAUUUUACAAAUCCAUUGAUACUAAAGGGAAGGAUGGAUUCCAAGUUUUUGUGAGGCUGAUGUUCUAUGUCCCAUGAGCUCAAUUUCAAAACUCAUGUAGUAGGAAAGCUUUUGAGGAUCAUUUGAGAACUCACCAUAAUAUGAGAGUUGUGAUCAUAAACACUAAUAGUGGUUGGAAAUACCUGUGUCCUAUCUGUGGGAAUAGUUUCAACACUUUGGUUGAAUGUAGACAGCAUUCCUGCAGGUUUCCCAGAAAUUAA